UUCUAUUGUAUAAACUUCUCAAUUUGUCGUCAAUUGAUAUCAUUUCAGAACGGUUUGUUUUUGAGUUGCUGCUGCUUUCAUUUGUGUUGCAGCCUCGAUCAUGUCUCACAACGUGACGACGACAACAGGAUGCUUGGAAUCGAGCACGAUAUCUAACGACAGCUGUACCGCAGAAAACGUCUCUGUCACGUCCUCUGUCGUAACCAUGACGGUGGGGAUCGUCUCCAAUACUCUGGCUCUCUUCAUCCUUCUCAAAGCCUACCAGCGAUUCCGACUCAAAUCCAAAGCUUCGUUCUUGCUAUUUGCGAGUGGACUGGUGGUGACCGACUUUCUGGGACACCUUAUAAACGGCUCUCUGGCUCUUUACGUGUAUGCCCUAAACAAACAGUGGGAGAACUUCGACCCCCAGCAGGUUCUUUGCGGGUUUUUCGGCGUUUGUAUGUCCUUUUUCGGUUUGAGUCCCCUGCUGCUUGGAGGCAUUAUGGCGGUGGAGCGAUGCAUUGGCGUGACACGUCCGCUCUUUCACACCACAGCGUUGACCUCGUAUCAUACAAACCGUCUCCUGGCGCUUGUCUGGAUCCUGGCCCUUCUCGUGGCUCUGCUGCCGGUGUUAGUGUGGCGCCCGUACCAGGUUCAAGGAUCCCGAAGCUGGUGCUUCUACCGGCUGGUUGGGGUACGCGACUGGCUGGACGUCCUCCUCCCCAUGAUCUUCUCCGUGUUGGGAUUGCUAUCUCUACUCAUCUCAUUUGUGUGUAACACGGUGACUGGAUUCACACUCCUGUGGAGCAGAAUGCACCGUCAGCAUGACUACCACCACUCUCGAAGAAGUUCUCUCCAUUCUGAGAUGAUUUGUCAGCUCCUUGCCAUCAUGAUGGUAUCGUGUGUUUGUUGGGGUCCUUUCCUGGUUAUGAUUAUUCUCACAAGCUUGCAGGAGAAAGGUGAAGAUGCCUACCUGUUGAUGUCUGUGCGCCUGGCCACGUGGAACCAGAUCCUUGACCCGUGGGUGUACAUACUUCUGCGCAAGGCUGUUUUGAAGCGUCUUUGCCGGCUUGCACAGAGAUUCCACAGUCCAUAUCCAGAACAGGAACCAGAACGCAGGUGGAGGUUCAGCGCUCUGGGGAGUUCUGUGCAGGCCAGCAGCUCUGUAAGCAGCAAACCAGACUUCAUUUGCUUGGAUGGUCCGUUCCUGCCAGACGCCCGAAUCACAACCAGCACGAAUUACACAUGA